CUUCAGUAUGAAUUAUUAAAUCUCGAAAACAUAUAACAAAAUUUCGGAUGUUUUCUCUCGAGUUUAGAUUAAAUAAGCAGUUGAAGGAUUAAGCACUUAUAGACAAAGAAUAAAAUUAAUUGAUCAUAUAAUAGAUAGAAGAGAAUAGAUUGCAAAAUCUGAAGAUAUCGCAAAAUUGCAAUAAUAUUCACACAUUUUCAAAAGAAUGUUAAAUAAAUAUAAGAAAAAGAAAAGUGAUUAAGAAUAGUAGAAAAAAUAAUAGAAAUUGGAAAUGGUUAUGUAACUUUUAAGUGGAGAGAGGAAUAAAAAAUAAGAAAUAAAGAAGGAGUCUAGAGUAAUUCUGAGAUAUUGUCAAAUUGGGAAUAAACUUCAUCCAACAAUAAAUAGGAGUGGUGUUACUUAAUCUACAAAGGCUGAUGAUACAAAAACAUAAGAAAAUUCAUAAGUUAAAUCAAGAAAAAUAUCGAGAUUUUUUACUGAAAAGGAUCCUAUGCAAGUAGAAUCUUAAAUAGAGAGAGAAGUAUGUGUGUUUUUAGAAAAAAAUAAAGAAUUAAAUUAUUUAUAGAAGGAGAGAUUCUUAAGACUCACAGAUGAUAAUAAAAAAUUUUAAUAUUUAGAAAAUUAAGUAAGAAAAUAAUUGAAGUAAUAAGAAUAUCAAUAAUAAUAAACAGCUGUUAAAGUAUGUAAUUAUUUUAUUAUAGUAAUAAUAUAGAGUUUAGAAUUUAUUCCAUAAAAAUUAAUACAAAGGAGCUUCCAUUAAAAUAAUAAAAUCAUAAAAGACAUAACCUUUGUAAAUAAUAACUGAUAAUUGUUACACUGAUAGAUAAAGAUAUUAAGAUCAAGAAUCAUUUGCUUCUUAUACAGAAUUUAAGUUAAAUCAAUUAUAUACAGAUUCAAUAGAUGCUUAGAAAUCUUAAAAAUUUAAACAUUAAUCUUGUCCUAAUAGUUUACUUUAAUCAUAUUUGAUUAGUACUAAUGUUGAUAUAAUUGAUAUUUCUAAUUAAAAGCUAUUUUAAACAAGAAAAUUAAAAAAAUGA